AUGACUCUCAAGGUUUCAGAGGGCGAGUCGAAGUUCAACCCCGGGGAGGCUGAGCUCAUCACCCGGAUCGUCCAGGAUGUCUUCUUUCAGCGGGAGCUGGAGAUCACUGAGAUUGGCGUCGUGACGCCAUACGUGGCGCAGGUGCGCAUGCUCAAGCGCAUGCUGAGGAACAUAGUCCCCGAGCACCUCGACCCCGACCUCUUGGAGUGCGCCUCGGUGGACAACUUCCAGGGCCGCGAGAAAGAUCUUAUCAUAUUCUCGGCCGUGAGGUGCAACAGGACUGGCACGGUCGGUUUCCUCGCCGACUGGCGCCGCUUGAACGUGAUGCUCACUCGGGCGCGGAAGGGCAUCGUCAUCGUCGGUAGCUCCCGGACUCUGAAGGACGGCGGGAGCCGGGGCAAUCAGAGGAGGAUCAGGUCCGGAAGGACGGCAGAGAUGCUGACCCUGCGCAGGGUGGAGGAGCUCGUUGAGCCCCAGAUAGAAUUCACGCUGGCGUCUGCAAGGGAGAUGUAG